CCCAGCCCUGAGAGCAUGGCUUGGAAGGAGAAGGGCAUGAGCCCACCUUCGUGUUUCAUCCAGCACCUGGACCACCUUGUGUUGACUGUGAAGAGCAUUGAGGACACUGUGGCCUUUUAUUCCAAAGUCCUUGGCAUGGAGGUGGUGACCUUCAAGGGCAAUCGCAAAGCUUUGUGUUUUGGCCAGCAGAAGUUCAACCUGCACGAGGCUGGGCAAGAGUUCGAGCCCAAGGCUCGGCGCCCGGUGCCCGGCUCUGCGGAUUUCUGCCUGAUCACAGCGGCGCCCCUGGAGAAACUGCUGGAGCACCUGGAGGCCUGUGGGGUGGCCAUUGAGGAAGGUCCCGUGGCCAGAACUGGUGCUGUGGGUCCCAUAACCUCAGUCUACUUCCGAGACCCCGACGAGAACCUGGUUGAGGUUUCCAGGUACUGCACGGAUGUGGCUGCAGGCACUGAAGGGAAACCUUGA